AUGCCACGCUACCAUCGGCUCAAGCAUUUGCACUACAUGUGGCAGCGUUGGGCCAAGUUCAUCCAGGGCCGACAGCUCUUCGAGUCGCCGGGGCUCGCGGCGACCAUGCGGCGGCGGCGGGUGCUUGUCUCCAAGUUUGAGCAGCAUUUGCUCCAGGAAGACUUUAUGAUGCUCCCGACGGUCCUCGACCAAAAGCUCGCGUUCAACUCGUUCCGCGCUGUCUUUAUGCGCUGGGUCGAGUGGACGCAGCUCCACAUUGGGUUCACGUCUCUUUUGUCGAAUUUCCGCAAGCGGAUGGACGCUCGGCGCCUCGGCCACGUCUUUCUCUCGUGGAAGCACCACUUGCGCCAAACGUACGUCGUCUUGCGAGCGUCGUGGCGCGAAGCGCGGUACGCGGCCGACGUCGAGCGGCUUCGCUCGUCGCUCUGGGCGCUUCGAAAGCACCUCGUGUCGUGGCGCGUGCGCAAGGUGCUCCGCGCGUGCGACCACAUUCUCAAAGUCAGCGUGUGCAGCAAUCCGACGCUCAAAAAUCUAUUUGCCGCGCACACGAAGGAGGUGCUGCGCCGCCUGGCGCUCGAGAAUCGCCUCAUGUUUGUCGCGUACAACGAGCGCAAGCUGCACCAUUACGAGGAGCGCACGACACUUAUGUAUGGCGGCACCAAAGGCAUCAAGUUUGAGUACGACAGCGCGAUUUCGUUUGGCCACAUUCGCCAAGUCAUCGUGGUCUGCGGCAAGAGCAUCGAUGGGCUCUCGACUGUCGUCAAGUCGUUUUCCGAGACCGUGGAGGGCCGCCUGUAUGGCAACCCGUUCGGCACGCGAUCGGUGUUCCAGCUCGCGCCGCACGAGCUCCUCGUCAAGGUCGAAGGGUUCGCGUCGCAGUCGACACUGCUGGGCCUCCGCCUUGGCACGAGCUACGAUCGGUGCUCGAAGUGGUAUGGCCGCGCCGACAUCGGCGUCUACUUUUGCCUCGAGGCCGCGCCGGACGAAGAGGUCAUUGGCUUCCACGGCUACGCUGCGAAAGACUCGGUGCACGGCAUCGGCGCCGUCUUUCGUCGGACCACCGAGCGCAACAUCUUCGAAGGUCUCUGGGCCCACGCCAAGGUGUCAGCCGACGACGCUAGCAUCAGUCAAUGCGACCGGCAGUUUUCGCAUUUCUUGCAAAUGCGAUCGUGCGACAUUUACGCGGCCAUGGAGCGGGCCCAUCGGCUGGCGCUGCGCAUGUGGCGGUCCGAGUCGACGGACCAGGCGGUGAAUCGCCUGCGCAUCGUCAUGGGCAUUUGCCACUGGUUUUUCAACGCGCUCACGCACGGUCUGGUCAAGCUCAGCGAAAACGAAGACGAAGGGCAUCGCAUUCUUCAGGAAGGCAUCAACAUCCGCGCGACGGGCGAGCGGCUCGUCGCCGAGGGUGAAAAGAUCCUCGAGUCAGUCUCACGCUACCGCGAAGGUCGGAAACAGCAGCUCAACGUUGCCGUGCUCGGCUUCAAGAAGAUCCAGGAGCUGCGCCAAAACAUCGAGCUCGGCGAGGCGACGAUCAAGCGGGGCAAACUUCAAAUCGCCGACGGCAACAGCGUCAUUUUGGCCGGCCGCCAGCUUUUGCCCAAGAUCCCGCUCACCGAUCGCAUGGUCAAGAACGUCCGCGAGCUCUACCGCAUCGUGCUCACAAAAGACUCGAUGGACUCGAUGAGCGACGGCAUUCGAAAGCUGCUCCUCCAAGAUAAGGACCCGGACACGUCGUACAUCGACAUGAAGGACGUGGCCGAGGCGCGCGCCAACGCUGCCUUUGAUAUGGGCCAAGCCCGCGCCGAAGUGGUCUCGACCAACCUCCGCGAGAGGCUCAAGGUCUCUCCUUAACGAGACAACGACAGGA